AUGAGUGUUGCCACUACGUAUUGUCGACAAUUCGCCAAGUCAUCACUUGCAUGGAAUUUCAUCACAAAUGCGUCCCUCAUGUGUCAAGCACUCGGUCUUCACAACGCUCAUGCUCUCCACACAGAGAGUCCUGAAGCUCGGCGGCAAAAAGUCCAUCUAUUCUGGGUUGUAUAUACCACGGAACGAAUGCUUUCAUUGCGACUCGGCCGGUCAUCUACAUUCCGUGACCAGGACAUUACCGUCCCUCGGUUGGACACCCUGAAUGAUCAGGAACUGGACUCACUGCUUAAUCCUAUCUUACCUAGGUGGAUUGACACCGCAGUUCUGCAGGGUAGAACGUACGAUGAGAUUUAUAGCCCGGGGGCUUUAGUCGAGCCGGCUCAUGUCAGAGAGUCCCGCGCUAGGGCUCUCGCAGCGGAGUUGAAGAAUGUGAUAUAUCGCGAAGACACCCUUGAGCAAAGAUACAACCAUCUGAGACGCCAGGCUCUCGGCGACGCGAUCAACAAACUGAUAUGGCACGCCGAUAGAGUUGCCAGCCUAUCUCUCCUCACCCUCAUCAACCGAGGCAUCCCUCCCUCUCUCCAUUCCAGAGCGGCUUUCUCCAACGAAUGCAUCACGACCGCACGAGAAGCGCUUCAAGAACAUGAAAAGUGUAUCUCCAUCAUUACCACCGCCAAGAUCCACCAGAACUUUAUAGAGCUCUACAUAACCUGCUCCCUCCUCGAAUCCCCCUUUCUCCCAUUCAUCGUCCUAUUCUGCCACGUCAUCGAAACCUCCUCACCAAGCGACCUACACCGUCUCAGCACGGUCAUACAAACCCUCCAGUCGACAUCCCCCUCGGCAUUCCACCGCGCCUGCAGCAAGCAAUUCCGCCUCUUCAGCGCCCUGUACCACGUCGCGAGAAAAUACGUCGAGGUGAAAGCGUCUCAGCCCAGUGGGUGGAUGAUGAAUCGCAUUGAUUUCAAUCCGGGCGGGGAUGUGCGUGUUGAGAGGGGGGUGAUGUCCGACGCCGCGGAUACGUCUAUUUCUGGGUCUUUGGCUACGCAAUUUCCGUUUCUGGGGCCUAGGUCUUCGAUGGAUUGCAUGCCUCGAGGAGAGGGGGCCGGAAUGUCAGUUUCGGAGACGGAGAACCGUCUCGUCGGUGGGGGAGAUCCUGUUCAGGACGAUCAGUUGCAGAUGCAGAUGCAACCGAAUGUGGAAGUGGAUGCUAUAGGCACGGAGUUGGGAAACUGGUUUUAUGAGAAUCAACAAAUGCUGAAGUUCUUGGAUGAUAGUUAUCGUUUUUGA